GGAAGGGUUUUAGGCAAAAUUACUUUGGUGACACAAUAAACCCUAGAAUUCAUUUCAAUUCAAAUAUUAAAAAUUAGGAUGUAAAAAAAAUGGCAGCAAUCAGCAGCAGCAGGCGUAGUAUAAUUUUAUUCAAAUCAUUAACUUCUAAUAAUCCAUCAUCAAAUUAUUAUUAUAAUAAUAAAAAAUGGAUAUCAACAACAAUUCAUUUAAAUCAAUCAUGGAUGAACAAAAUCAAAGGUGCCGGCGAUAAGAUCAAAGGCGUUUUCACCGGUCAAACAUCGUCACCGUCUUCCUCUAGCAAUGACGUCACCUCACAGUCAUUCACUCUUUUCAAGUUUGCGGAUGAGCUAAAAAAGGCACGCAAGUUAGGUACUUUUAAACAGUACAUGGUUGGUCGAAGCAGUGAAGCCACAUUCGCGGAUGCAUUCGAGAAGCAGGAGGCUAUAAUUCGGUUUCUUGGGGGUUUUGAUAACACUGGAGAGAAUAUCCAACCUAGUCAAAAGCAAGAAGCUGCGAAAAAAUUGAAAUGCACUAUAGCGGAUGUUGAAAAUACUUUAGCAAAGUUCACUUGGGCUAAAGAAGCUCAGAGGAAAAUUGAAAAGUUGAAGGAAGAAGGAAAGCCGAUGCCUAAGAGCUUAGGGGAGGUCCAAAAGUUAAUGGGAUCAACACCAAUGGAUGUUGCGCAAUCAAACAUGGCUAAGAGCGGACAAAUAAGCAGAAAUGCACUCUGCCCUUGUGGAUCUAAAAAGCGAUACAAGCGGUGCUGUGGGGCGUAAGGGAUCACGUUUAAGGAUACACGGCCAUGUCUUGAAGCAAAUACCUGAUGGCAGGUUUCAAACUUGAUUGUUUCUGGCAUUCAGGGUUUGCUGGUACGUUCUGGAUCCUUGUAUUUUUCUAUCUGUUGACAAGGAUUAAAAGACAGGGUGAUUACACAUGCGCUAGUCAAGCAGCUGCUUGUUUGAUGGCAAAUGAAGUACAGAUAAUUGCUAUUUAUUUUAAUGAAGUACAGAUAAUUGCUAUUUAUUUUGUGGUGUUUUGAAAUAAUUUAUCUGUGGCAUACACCUAUGGAUCUCGGAGGCUGGCAUGAUACAAUCGAGAUAAUCUAUUUUUGUUUAACAGUUCAAAGAUGAUAUUGAAAUAUAAGCUUUGAAAUUUAACGGUUCUUCCCAA